AUGACUAUGAUGCUGAAAAUUUUGACUGUUCUCACUGCCAUGCUGGCUGUCAGCUAUGGAAAGGUUGACCCCAAGAAACAUAUCUUAAGGGAAAUCACCAAAACUCUGGGACAUAUGACCCAGGACAAGAUUGAAUGUGGUGCUACUCUAAUCCCAGAUGUCUUCAGUGAUACGAAGGGGCAGAGUGCAUCGGAAAUCUUUUGCAAGGCUGCCGAAGCUCUGGUGAAAAUACCUCCCUGCGAGUCCAUCAAACGUCACUUGAAGGCUCUGAGAUUAAACUUAGCGAAGGAGGGUGAACAGACUCUCAGCUGCCCUGUGAAUAAAUUCUCUGAAAUCGAGCUGACUACUUUCCUGAGGAAGUUGAGGAAGCUCUCGCAACAGAAAUACAGACAAUAA